ACUUCGGGUCGCCUCAGACGGAGUUACGUGUUUUUAAUGCGGUGUGGCUACGCCCAGCAUGGUGACGUCUCGUGAUUCGGAAUCCCGCUCCCCAUCGGGACCCGCGACUUGGUUUUACGCCGUGCGGCUGACGUCAUGACCAUCGAGAUCCCGUCCCUCGGACGCCCCUUCUCCCUGGGGAUGCUCUAUGACUGUCGGGAUGACAGCUUAGUUCCAGGCAUUUCAUUUUGGAAGAGGGAGGCUCUGGAAAAGGACAUCUCUGUGAGCCCUCAGAAUAGCACCUCCUUCGAGGUUAUAACCUCGGACACCGUUUGUGAUAAAUCAUCUGCCCUGGAAAUGAAGGCUGCCUUAAAAACCAGUUUCCUCUGCGGCCUGGUGCAAGUUGGGGGGUCCGCAAAGUUCCUGAACGAUACAAAAAGGUCAGAAGAACGAGCCAGAGUCACCCUGAAAUACUCCAGAACCACCAAGUUCACGCAGCUUGGCGUGGGCCACCUGUGUGCAGACGACGUGUCUGGCAGGACUGACAAACUGCCGGCCACCCACAUCGUCACCGGGAUCUUGUAUGGCGCUCAGGCUUUCUUUAUAUUUGAUCAAGAUGUGUCCUCGUCAGAAAAGCUGUCGGAGGUAGAAGGGAAGCUUCAGGCGAUGGUCCGAAGAAUACCGCAACUCUCCAACGGUGACAACAAGAUGACCCCUGAAGUUAAGUGCACGUUUUACGGGGACUUCGCUCUUCAGACGAGUCAAGUGACCUUUGACGAGGUCGUUAAAAUCUACAGCAGCCUCCCCAAUCUCCUGGGAGAGAACGGAGAAAACGCUGUGCCCUUGAGAGUCUGGCUUCACCCGCUGAAGAGCCUGGACGAUAAAGCCACUCGGCUAGUUCGGGAGAUCAGCCUCAACCUUUUCUUAAAAAUAGAGUAUAUGAUGCAGUACAUGGCGGAGGUCGACAUGCAGUGCAACGAUCUGAUGAGACAUCCGGCCGCCGAGUCCUUCCCGGACCUCAAGACGGGAAUCCGUCCGCUUAGGGAGAACUGUAAGAAAUUCAUCCUUCAGAUCCAGAGCCGGCUCUCGCAAACGCUGCCCGCUAUACGAGGAGGAGAAAUGGAUGAGGGGAUGAUGGCCGAGAUCCUUGGAAGAAAAGAGUGGUCUCCAUUUCGAGAACACGACAUUAAAGACUUUUUGAGCAAAACACGCAAAGAGAUGGACUUUAUGUACGCUCUGCGAAAUGCGUUGCGCCAAAUCCAAGUUAUAUCCACCAAGGAGAAACUCAGAGAAUUUUUUAUCAGUUCGUAUGUUGAUUACGCCGUCUGCUUUAACGUAAUUGCCUUUUUUCCAGUUGCGCCAUACCUGACCGAUACAAGUCGCUGGAUCAAUGAAAGCCGAAUAAACUCUACGGGUUACUAUCAGAGCUAUCAGUACCCGAGCUCUUCGCUGUGGUUUGAAGUAAGAGGGAUGUCUGGAAAGGUCAGGCAAUAUGUGAAGGAGUUCCAGGCCUUCGCUCAGGCUAACUCUACUAACUACAGGACAAAGUUCGUCAUCACGUCGCUUCGAGAGAGAAAUGAUCCGGGGAUUUCUAUCUAUUUGUGUCGAGAGGGAGAAUUAGACAGUCUGGAUUUUGAGCCUCCGUCUAAACCGAAUCCCCCCUCGCUGACCAAGAUCACUCACUACUCCGUGGAGCUGAGCCUCCAGCCGGCAGAAUUCGGAAGACGUUUUAUCGAAGGGUAUCGAGUGGAGUGCGCGCCUUGCUAUACGGAUAAGUGGGUUUCUUUGCCUGUGCAGAAAGCCGAGAAGGUUGAGUUCCCAAACUUAGAGCCCGGCUCUUACUACCAGUUCAGAUACUCAGCCGUGUGUAAAGCAAGACAGAGCCAGGUGAGUGACGUCACGAGGGCUCAGACCCUUCCAACCAGUCCGCCCAAAGAGCCGCAAACCACUGCCGAUUCCUCCUCCAUUAGAGUUUUCUGGAAGGCUCCGUCCGUGGUGGGCCGGGAAGUCGUGAUACGGCAGUACAAGCUUCAGUAUAAAGAGCAAAGUUCCGACGUAUGGCUUGAAGUCAAAACGGCAACAAAAACAGAAAGCCAUGUUAUCGAGGGACUUAGUGCCGAUACAACGUAUAACAUCCGCGUGUCGGCCGUUACCGGCAAUAAUACAGAGAGCAACCCGAGCGAGGAGAUCCUGAGCACCACGGCAGGAGAAGAGGCGCCGAAAGUAACCGAAUCCCCAGGGGCCGUAAAUUAAUUAAACGCUCAGCCCUCCGUACACCGGCUCGAAACCCACCGCUUCCGCUUCUGGAUAUCGCGUGCUGGGAAAAGAAAACCCAGAGAUGGUAAAUAGGGGUGAUAUUAUCAGUAAGCGAAAGUAAAGUAUCUUGUGUUGCUGGUACAUGCUGCUCUGUAGCUACUACUACUACCGGCCUUAUUUUUUCUAUUAAUGGGUAUUUGCCUCCCGCCAAAGGUAUGUAAUGGGGAGGUGGUAAGGAAGGAUUGUGGUGGGAGAGAAGAAGGUAGGGCAGAUACUUUGCCCCCCCCGUGUUUCCAUGGAGAUAGCAGUACAGACGGCACAUGAAGGGAAACCUGUUCAGCAACGAUGAUGGCUUUUGGCAACCAAAGGUAUGCCCCAGAGAGGGUGUGUGAUGGGAGUUGUUUUUCUAUCCCGGCCCCUUCGGCCCCGUACUGCGCGAUAGUCACACAUACUAACAGGCUAUUGCUCGCAGAGCGCGUGAGCUAACACACAUAUAGCGCUUGUGAAUCCUGGGCUUAGAAUGUAGUUGUGCCGUCACCGUCCGGCUCGGAGUAAUAAAAUGCCCGUUGCUCGGUUAUUCGUCGGAAGCUCUGCUGGAGCGUGGGGCUGCGUCGUCGCGUCCGGUUCCUCUCGAUGGAGGGCGCUGGCUGAGACGAGCUUCCCCUGCGCUGCUCAAGUAACCUGAAGCUAAGUAAACGCUCUUUUUGCUCUGCUUCUGCUUUUGCAGAGUGUGCGUCGGUGUUGCGUUAUUCCGGGAUCGGGACAGUUUGCCGGUAUUGUCCGUCAGCUUGCAGGGUGAAACAGAUUG